AUGCAGGAAGGACAGGCGGAGCAGGCGGCCAAGAGCAACGAGGAGCUCGCGGCCGUGCGCAGUGCGCUGGCUGCCUCGGAGAAGAAGCUGGAGGAAGGCCAAACAGCACAGGCGACCAAAUCCGCCGAGGAAGUCACGGCCUUGCAAAGCUCGCUGAGUGCGUUGGAGAAGAAGGUGGAAGAAGGCCAGGCAGCACAGGCGGCUGCAAAUGCCAAAGCCACAGAGGCCCUGAACGAUUACAAGGGCAACGCCUCCAAGGCCCUCUGGCUGAUCACCAAGUCCUUGGACGCCCACAAGGAGGAGGUGGCGGGCUCCUUUGUGAGCCACUCGGCGUCCACGGAGAAGGCGCAGGGCUCUUUGCGGGAGGAGCUGGCCAAGGGCCUGGCGGAGUCUGCCACGGCGCUCCUGAGCACCAAGCAGCAGAUGGACGACACGUUCAGCACCGAAAGAGAGGAGCUGAAGAAGAAGCUCGAGGCCCAGCGUCAAGAGUCCGCCCUGGGACUGGAAGAGUACAAGAAGGAGGCCUCAGCCGUGAUGGCCAGCACCAGCGAGGCCUUGACAGCCCACAAGAUCUCCACGGAGAAGCAAUUGGAGGCGCAGAUGAAAGCCUUGUCAGAGCACCGCGAAGAGGCCUCGAAGCAGCUGGAGGCUUCCAGGGAGGUCUGCCAGAAGGGGACCGCAGAGGCAAAAGGAGUCCUGGAGCAGUCGAUGCUUUUGACCAAGGAAGGCUUGGAGAAGGCUUUGGGGGAGCACAAGGAGCAACAAAUGGGACAGCACAAGGAGCAGGCACAGCUGAACACGCAGCUUCAGAACCGACUUGAGGAGCAAGGAAAGGAGCAUGCGAAAAGCGUGGAGCAAAGCAUGGCCAAACAGUUGGCGGAGCUCCAAAAAAUGGAAAGCAAGUUGGAGACCUUGCAGAAACAGGCUCAGGCAGAUAUCGAGGCUCUGAAGAAGGAGCUGGCGGCCUCCAAGUCCGAAGCGGGAAGUCUGCUAAAGACGCUGGAGGCCCAGCAGGGCGCCCAGCAGGCCUCCAACGUGGCCUUCGAGUCUUACAAGAAGGCCAGCGCCGAGCAGUUCGAGGGUUACAAAGCGGCGGACGUGUCGAAGCUGGAGGCGAAGAUCUCGGAGCAGGAGAAGAGCUUCCAGAAAGCGCUGCAAGAGGCGGAGGCGCGGCUCCAGGCCGCCCUCAAGGCGAAGUGA